AUCUAAUCUGUAGCCGUCAUAGAAUAUUUUUGUUUUCGUGUAAAUUGUUUAACAGAUUUUUGUUGUCGUGUUCAAUAUUAUUGUUUUUUAUUUAAUAAUUAAGUGCUUGGAAGCUUUUAAAGCUCAAAAAUGCAAACAAAAGUCAAUGUAGAAGAACGCAUUUUGGCUAGAGUUAAUCGGGAAAUCGGAAGUGACUUUAAAAAGUUGCACAGAGCCUCAAUUUUGGUAGAGGACUACAAGAGCCGCUUGGAAAAACUUAAGAAUAAGCUAAACUAUGAGGAUGAGGAGAAUGUGUCCAGUUUUAAAUCGGCUUUUGCGACGAAAGAGCAGGCCUGUGAAAGUAUUGAUUUCCAAAUGACGAAACUACAACAGUUUGGUAAGAAACUAGCGGCUCGCAUAAAAGAGUCGAACAAUGCAUUUAAAGGGGCUAAACCGGAUUUGCAACAAAUACGCAAGCUACAACAAUUAGUGCAGUAUUUACGUAUAGUUCAAGAUAUACAAGAAAUAAGUCAUUCCUUAACCCAGGCCAUUAAUGGCAAAGAUGAAGCGAAAUUAAUAAAUUUGUAUUUAAAUCUCUAUGAAGAAAGUGACUACGAACAUAGUGUUAUAGGACGUUUAAAUAGCGUAGAGGCUCCGUUUUUAAAAUCAUUUGCCCUACGCACAGCUAUACAUUGGCAUGGUCUAUUAAAAGAACGAUUCUCAAGAGAAUUUGAAACCAUUUUAAAAAAUAUGAAAUGGGGACAAAAAGAACAGGAUUCCUUAAAUUAUAAACCUUCUACGGAUAACAUUAAUAAAGCCCAAUUAUUGGCAGAGUAUUUGUUUUUGUUAAAAUCGCCAGCAGAAGAAACGGAACCUUUGGAAAUGAUUACAUCCAGUAUAAUUUGCCAGCCCUUGUCAACGGUUACUAAAUAUUUGCUGGCGCCCUACAGGCAAAGAUUCAUGUACCAUUUUACGGGCGUUAAGCAAACUAAUCGUUUCGAUAAACCCGAGUGGUUUUAUACUCAAAUUCUAAACUGGGGCAAAGAAACUCAUUUGUUUGUCGGCAAAACAUUUCAACCAGCUGCCGUUAAAGCCGGCAAACUUGAUUAUAAUAUAAGGCUCGAGUUUAUGCGCGGUUUGGUACAAUUAACCAUUGAAAAAUUGGCCUUAGACAUCGAAGAAAUAAGUCGUGAUGAAAAUCUCUUUGCCCAUUUACUAGAUGAAACAUUGGCCUUUGAGGCAGAGUUAAGAGAAAAUUUUGGCUAUCCCGCUAGUUUUGCCAGUGCUAUAUGUGUUGUUACCCAACCAGUUUAUUUGUUAAAAUGGAUUUCCUUAGAAGAGCGGUUUUGUUCUGAAAAAAUGGAUAUGAUACUACAGGCUGAAAAUCCCUGGCAACUAAUAGAUCCCAACAUUUAUGAUGAUGAACUGAAAAUUCCCAAAUGUGCUGAUCAAUUUAUACGCCUGUUGGAGGCUAUAAAGGAUCGUUAUUAUUCUCUCAUACAACCAGGACAUCAAUUACAAUUCCUCACUCUGCAAAUGGAGUUGAUAGAUAACUUUCGUCGUAGACUAGUGCAAUUGCACAGCAGUGGUUCGGUGGAAAGUAUAACCAUACUAAAUGCCAUUAAUUACAUCAAAAUGGUGCUUAGUGAAUGGGGAGAAAAUGUUCAUUAUCUACAUUUACAUGCCGCUUUGGUGGGUCCCAAUGCCGAUGAAAUCAAUUCCGUUUUCGAACACCCAGUGGAGGAACUGGAGCACUGGACGCAACAACUUUUAAAGAAUCUAGCCACCAAAGCUGUUAAUGAAAUUAAAGCAAAAUCCAUGCCUUAUAGACACAAUUGCUGGCCUUCAAUGCCAGAACAGAACUCAAAAGAGCCCUUUAUACUCUCGCCCAGUGCUGGUGAAAUGUUUCAGGUUAUGGUCACCGUCUUGCAUAAUCUGGAAAGAGAACUAUCGGCCAAUCUAUUCAAUUUAACUUUGCGUCUAAUAGCCCAACAAAUUGAUGAUUAUAUGCUGGAUAGUAUGAUCAUGAAUACGAAAUUCUCACCAGCCGGAGCAGCGCAAUUUAAUUAUGACAUGACACGUAAUUUGUUCGCUUUGUUUGGACAAUACUGCCGACGCCCAGAUUUAUUGUUCAAAAAAAUCCAUGAUGCCAAUAAACUAUUGAACUCGGCUCGCGGUACUGCCUUAUUAUUACACGAAAACCUACAGAGUACUAACAAUUACCUGGAGGAUAAAAUGAAGGCCCUAAAGGAAGUUGGUAUUGUGAAUUUUAAACCAAAAACCUGUAUUGAAGUUCUAGAAAGGCGUACAGAUAUUCGUAUGUUUUAAUGGUGUGGUAUGGUAGUUAAUAAAGUUUUACUUUUUUUACUCUCGAAGUUCAUAUAAAAACAAAA